AUGUGGGGAAGAGCAACUUUCCUAGCCCUGUCAAACUACAAGGCUGCACCGGCCCCAGAACGAGCCGGAGGGCCCGGGAGGGAGAGCCCGAGGCUGGAGGCAGCUCCUCGGCGCUCCGCCCCGGCCUCAAGCGAGCGUUUUCUCGGGGAGGAGGCAUUGUUCCUCCAUCUGCUCAGCCUCCGCGGUGAAAGGCUGCAGCGACUGGGGCGCCGCUCUAAGGCGUCGGAGGCGACUGCACUCGUCCGCCGGAGCUCGGGCGUCGUGCGCGCCUCGCUCUCGCUUCCUGCCUUCUCUCGGGGCUCUCCGGCUCGGACGGGCUCCCCCGGCCUCUUAGCCCGACUCCGGCCCGCCUUCCCCGCGGUCUGUACUCACAACCGCGCCGCGCACUCCGCGUCGCCGCCGAGUCGUCGGCGCGCCGACACGACGCCCCCCAGCCCGCAGACCCGGACGCGGGCUCGGAAGGGUCAGGGCGCCGCGCGAGGCGGGGGAGGAGGGGCGCGGCGAGCCGGGGCAGCAGUCCCUUCCCUGCAAGCCCCCCUCCCCCGGGCCGGAGCCACAAUCGCCGUGAGGGUGGGCCUCGGGGGCAUGGGUCCAGCGGUGGCAGACGUGAUGCGGGUCGUGGUCCUUCCCUUUUUACAAGUUCCGCCCUCCUCCCUCCCUCCUUCAGCAGCGACCGAGCAUCCUCCGUCCUCAGCACCCGCAGCGCCCGCGGCGGCAGGAGGGGUGAAGGGCCCCCGGCGUCACGUGUGA